AUGGCAGGAACUGGUUUAUACACCUCCUGUCUUUCCUCUUCCAGCAACUUAGGGACAUGUUGGUUGGUAUUAAAAACUCACAAUGCAAGGGCCGUGCCAGGGAAACUACCUGGAACUGGAAUGAGAAGAUUGGCAAUAAAAGCAGAAGUGAAGUAUGUGAACGCUGAUAAGGGGAAGGAACUUGUGGAAGUGGAUGGAUACGCUGUUCUUGAUGUGAGGGACAAAACUCAAUUUGAGCGAGCUCACAUCAAAUCUUGUAGUCAUGUGCCUCUUUUUGUUGAAAACAAGGACAAUGAUCCCGGUACUAUUAUAAAAAGGCAGCUGCACAAUAAUUUUUCUGGGUUGUUCUUUGGGUUACCAUUCACUAAACCAAAUCCUGAUUUUAUACAAUCUGUUAAGAGCCAGUUUCCACCUGAAAGUAAACUCUUGGUUGUAUGCCAGGAAGGACUGAGGUCUGCUGCAGCAGCAAAUACGUUAGAAAAAGCUGGUUUCCAAAAUAUAGCAUGCAUAACAUCUGGCCUUCAAACUGUAAAACCAGGGACAUUUGAUUCUAUUGGGUCCACACAGUUGGAGAAUGCAGGCAAAGCUGGUUUGGUGACAAUCCAAGGAAAAAUCUCAACUGUGUUGGGAACUAUUCUUGUUUGUGCAUAUUUAUUCAUUACAUUCUUCCCUGAGCAAGCAGAGAAGCUAUUCCAAUUGGCCCCUACAGGAUAA